GAGAUUCAAAAACAACAACAAACGGCAAGGACGACGAGAAUGGCGGAGAAGACUCGAAGAGCGACAAAGUUAAGGCAGAGGCUGAUUCUAAAAAGGAGGAGAAUGGCGAAACUCAUGAUGAUGAUGAAAAAGAUGAUGUAAAAUCCAACGACAAAGGUGCAAAGAAACCACCGCCCAAGAAGAAACCGAAGAAAGAGGACACUGAGGAGGAAGAUGAGGAUGAUGAAGAUGAAGAGGAGGAGGAGGACGAGGAGGGCGACGAUGUAGACGAGGAGGAGGAGAAGAAACCAUCUAAAGACAAGGCAAAGAAACCAGUAAAGAAGGCGAAAGAUCCAGAAGACGACGGGGAGGACGAAGAGGGCGACGAAGAGGAGGACGAGGAGGAAGAGGAAGAAGAGGAGGAGGAGGCGCCCAAACCGAAGCCCAAGAAAGAGCCGACAGAACCACCGGUACCGCUGCCGGCCGGCAAGGGCAUACCGCUCGGCCACAUCAGCAACGUGGAGGUGUCGCUGUCGCGGUUCAAGACGCAAGAUCAGAAGCUGCUGCAUCAAUAUCUGUAUGGGAAUAUUCCAUCAAGGCCACCGGCUUGGUACAAAACUGCACAAAAAUCAACUGACCCAGGGACUGAAGGGUACGAAUGGGCGAUCGGAUCAACGGAGUACAAGGCAAAGCUGGACGAGACCACCAAAAUGGAGCUCAAGCAGUUACGCACCAUGUGCGAGAUGCUCGACUUGGAUAAGAAAGGCGGCCCGAGCGAGCUGGCGGCGCGGCUGGUGGGCUUCCUGCAGCAGCCCGCCGCCAACUCGCUGCCGCACGCGCGGGGCGUGCGCGCGCGCCGCCCGCCACGCCGCCCGCGCCCGGCGGCCGCCCGAGGCGCUCCGCCGCCGUCAAGGCUACCCGAUGAAGAGUAUGAAACUGAUCCAGAAACAAAAGUCAAGGACCGAAACCUAACAAAGAGGGAUCUGAAGAUUCUGAU